UAUAUCUGUUCUGCAGAAUGUGGUUAUAGUCAUUAAGGUUUUAUUUAGCUAUUCAUAUUUGGAUAUCAAAAUUCUAUUUUUAUUUAGGUUUCUUUUAGAUCCCAAUUUAUGGUUUCUCCCCAUAUAUCCUCCCCAAAUGUGGGGAGCAGAUGUGGAAAGGAUUUGUGCAAUUUAAAGGAGGCAAAUGUCCUUCCAGGAAAAUCCAAAGCUGCCAGAAGUAAAUCUGUAACCUCUGUGUGUCGAGACUUUGCUGUCCUGGAGGACCACACCCUGGCCCACAACCUGCAGGAACAAGAGAUUGAGCAUCAUUUGGCAUCAAACAUUCAGCGGAACCGUUUGGUCCAGCAUGAUCUCCAGGUGGCUAAGCAGCUCCAAGAGGAAGAUCUGAAAGCUCAGGCUCAGCUUCAGAAGCGCUACAAAGACCUUGAACAGCAAGACUGUGAAAUUGCUCAGGAAAUCCAGGAAAAGCUGGCUAUUGAGGCAGAGAGACGACGCAUUCAGGAGAAGAAGGAUGAGGACAUAGCUCGUCUGUUGCAAGAGAAGGAGUUACAGGAAGAAAAAAAGCGAAAGAAACAUUUCCCUGAGUCCUCUGGAGCCAAUGCUUAUGGAGAGGGUUACUAUUAUGAAGAUGGAGACCAGCCACGGUCAAGGAGGGCAAGGGAAUUGGGUUCUGGAUUCUCAAGGUCCUGUAAACUCCAAAGCGAUGAAAAGACGGUGAAGCAGAGAAAGGAGAAACCCAAGCAUCCGUGGGAGAACUUGGAGGAACCGGAAGAACAUCGUUUAUCAGAGAAAUCUCUGUCCUGUAGCUCAGGCAAAGUGAGGGACAACCCCCAGAUUAUCACGGAGCAGCAUGAAAGGAAAUGUUCCGGUCAUGAGAGGCUCCGGAGACCUCCUCUUCCCAAGAUCAGUGGGGAGGUGUUUCUGAGUACGGAACUUGGUGACUGGGAGGCUAACAGCAGCCAUCGAACUCGGAGCUGGGAAAAACAGUCCAGACACCAAGACCAGCUUUCACCGAAGUCUUCUCAAAAAGCAGGGCUUCCUUCCAAGGAGUCUGUGCAUGGGAGGGAGCAUGGGCAAGGUGGGCACAGAGAGAGGAAGCACAGGCCCAGGACUCCUCCCUUCUCAGAGAGUGAGGAGCGGCUCCAACUCCAUGACACAGGAAUGAAGCCGAGAGUGAUGAAAGAAGCCGUCUCUACCCCGUCACGAGUGACGCACAGGGAUCAGGAGUGGUACGAUGCUGAAAUUGCCAGAAAACUGCAGGAAGAGGAAAUUUUGGCUACCCAGGUGGACAUGAGAGCAGCUCAAGUAGCCCAGGAUGAGGAAAUUGCUAGACUUCUAAUGGCUGAAGAAAAGAAAGCUUACAAGAAAGCCAAGGAGCGGGAAAAAUCGUCAUUGGACAAAAGAAAGCAUGACCCUGAUUGGAAGCCUAAAACAUCUAAAUCAACACACUCAAAGUCAAAAGACAGUGAUGAACCUCACCGUUCUAAGAGUGACAGGCCAGCGCGGCCACCACCACCUACCAUGGCAGACGCUGAGGAUUCGGGUUACACGUAUUCCACACGCCAUUUUUCAAAAUCAGAGUCCUCUCAUAAAGGUUUCCAUCAUAAGCCGUAAAAACCUAGGAAUCUGCCUUGAAAACGGACUCACUGUAGCAAAUAUUACUGGGUGAUGCAGAAUGCAUUCCAUGCUUAUUUUUCUCUCCUGUGUUUGUAUUCCUGGGAUUUAUCCUCAAGUGUUUUUCUGACCAUAAAUAAUUUUAAUGCA